GUUUUCGAGCUUCUUGAGGAAUCAGUAAUCAUGGCGAAAGCUGCAGUCCUUGCGGCGGAGCUGUCAAUUCUGAAAGCCGUCACAUUUCGUCUUUCGACAAUUCCAACGUCUCAGCUUCCGCAACAGAUUCCUGCAAUAGCAGCAUCUCUGGCCAAUUGCAAAACGCUGCUUUCAUCGACUCAAUCUUCUUCCUCCAAAGCUUCUUCGGAGUCUUCGCUGGCAAUUCAUAAGUAUCGUACUUUCUUGUCGACUCUUCUCCAAGAUCGUACAGUUCACGGACGAUGGGCGGCUAUUGUUCUGGUCAAAGCUACGAUUGAAGCCGGCGGUUGGGAAACCCUUAGCAAGAGCUUACCCUGGGUACGAGGGCUUCUUGGUAUACUCAACCGUCCAGAUCCACCGUCUAGCAAGAAGCUGUGUGUUAUAACAUUGACGCGCAUAUUUGUUCUUACUCGCGAUCAUCAAACCAUGAAGAGAGAAAUAACAACACCCUCCCUUCCGUCGUUUAUCCAAGCCUGUAUGCAAAUCGCUUCUUCCAAAACUACCGGUGCUGGUCUUUUGCAACUCAUUCUGGAGAGCUUCAAUCAAUUGCUUCCAUGGCACCCAACCCUUUUCCGGACAUAUGUGAAACAGAUCCAACAGCUCAUUCGACCAUUGAUCGCUCCUACACCAUCUAACAAGCUCGGCGCGGAACAACAACAAAGGAGCGUCUCAGAGAGCUCAUCUGUAGUAUGCGAGGCUGCCCGGCAGCUGUUCUGUCAGCUCCCAUCUUGUGCGCAGAAGGGUGGCGGCAGUGAAGAGUGGGCCAAAAAUGUCAAUGACACCGUGUUGAGCCUGCAUCGGACUGCCGAUCAAGUCCUCAGAUCCGUCAUCGAAGAUUGGACAUCAUCUGGUCGUUCUGGUCCCUCCGUCGGACAGCCCAUCAGCGGCGAAGUACAGGAGCUGGAGCAAGAUGCGCUUGCAUUACCCUUGUGGACUGGACUUCAUGCUGGAAGCGAACGAAUUGUCGGGCUUUUAAGACUGCUGAAGCAGUCACUCAUGACGCCAACUCCGGCGCCUGUGAGCGUUCGCCUCAGCACUAUCAUCGAUCUAAUCACGCGGUUCUUGUCACUCACAGUGCCCAAUGUCGCGGGAUCCAAAAAUGGGCUGAACGCCGUACGAGUGAACAAUCAAGUUAGCAAAGAAGAACGUGACAUUCUUUGGUCGAUCCUACCGAACAUACACGUCGCGACUGUCGAAGUUCUGCUAGCUUUGGUUGAAAGAUUCGGUGCGAUUAGUUCAGCGCUCGACUCUGUCUUACUGGACCAGCUCGUUUGGGUGUUUGGUGCUGAAAAGGUCAACACAGAGAUACGGACCGUGGUCUACUCGAUGUCCGCUCGGCUUCUCAGAGCCUCUGGUGUUACCCUGCCCAAAUCUUCGGUGGACUCGCUUACCACUCUUAUACGAUCAUGCUGUAUCGAUAUUCUCCCCACGGAGAUUUCUCUGGGUUCGCAACAGGCUUCGAAUACCCAAGGGAAAGCCAGUACAGGAGCCCAGUCAGCAAAUGCUGAAACAUACUCCAAUUCAUCUACCAAUACCAAAGAUGCACUCAAAAAUUACCGGAGUCUUCGACAAGCCGCUUGCGAUCUUCUACCGGUUCUACUAACAUCUAUCCGCGCGGAGUUCCUGUCGCAUUCCACGAGAACGCUUCUAGACCGAACGGCCAUACUCUCGCAGCACAAGGAUGCCAUGAUUGCCAGUACCCUCAACCCUCUCCCGGGCAAGAAAUUCGGCAAACCAGGCGCAAGCAUUCUACCACUCGUAGCUCGAUCAUACGCCGCGGACGGCAAUGUGGAAACCCUUCUACGACCCAGGAUGCCAGUGAUUCGAGUCGGCUCUCAAAACUCAGAGGAUGAUGAUGGUGAUGAAGAGAUGGAGGACUCGUCCGUGGAAAACGAAGAAAUAGAAGGCGAGCGUUUUGUCGGCGAAGAGCUGGACGCUUUGUUGGGCACGGCGGCAGAGGCGACGGAGACUGUAACGGCUGUUCCAGAUGUAGCAUCUACCGAAUCCCAAGCCCUUUCGCCCAAACCAUCCACGCCCAAUGCCAUCAAUGAGGAUAAACAGGUCACUAGUUCACUUGGCACAAGUGGAAGCAAACGACCGCCAAACGAGAACGGUGUUUCCUCGCCUACAAAGCGACUCAAGAUAGAGACAGAAGAGGAGAUCAUCGCGCCUCUCCCUGUCAUGAUUCCGGUAACUGUCGCUGCCAGUUCAGGCGGAGUCACAGAAGCUCCGCUUGUAGCUCCCGCCCAAAUUCAAACAACUCAGCAACAGCCUAGCGUCUCAAACGCUGCGGAAGAGGAAUCCGACGGUGAUGAUGAUUUCGGUGAGCUAGUUCUCGGACAGGACAGCGAUGAUGAGUCGGAUUAGAGUUCGCCGAAAUUGUAAAACCAUAUUUGAUACCAUAUAUACAAAUCUAAUCCA